AUGGCGAGGUCGGUACUCAGGCCAAGUCUACCCAAUAUUUUGUUAUUUGUGGCACUUUAUGCCUCUGAUACAACUCUCUUAUGAGCCAGAAUUUUGGGUGAGCCCCACCUCAAGGCCCUGGUGCCCAGAGACACGAUCUGAGUCUCUUGUAUCGAGUGAUAUUUGGUGUUUAGUGACUGAGAGGACCCUGUAUGUUUGCAGAAAGGAAGGAGGAUAUACCACUUGGGAUGCUCUGGUUUAGUGUGUUUUAUAGCUACCACAGUGAAAUAUUAGUCUGUGGCAGUGAUACUACAGUAUACAGAAGACCAAAGAAAAUGCAGCAAAAAUGACUUUUUUAUUAAUUUAAACAUUGUGUAGUAUAGUAUUUCAUUAAUUGAAAAAAACACCUAACCAGUUGCUUUUAUAAGUGAAUUUGCUCAAAACUGUGUGAAUAAUGCUUAUUGAAGAUUUCAAUUAAUGUAGUUGUAAAUGUGGAGUCUGCAGCAAGUAUGUGCUUAAACUACUGAGAAGGUGACUGGCAGGUUACGAAGCACACAUGGGAGCAGAAAAUGGGUGAGAUACUUCACUCCAAGGACACAGUCACCAUGGAUAGCAAACAUGGGGUUGAACUCCUGCCAGAAAACUCAUCAAAUCCACUUGGCUGUUUGUUGCAGACCAGUCAGGUGUCCUCACUCAUGUGUCCUCCUGUUGUGCCUCAUCAGGAACCUUGUAUCCCACCCAGUGAUAAGAGCCCUAUAAGGCAUGUUCCUAAUCUCCAGAAUGUUAGUGUAGGCCUUCCGAUUCUUAAAUUGCAUAGACUACAAGCGAAAGAUUUUAGACGUUUUAAAGAUAUUGCUAAAGUGGGAAUAAGUAGAGAAUGUGCUAAACACUUGCGUCAUCAGCUACAAAGAUUCCGAAGGAAUGCCAGAAGAAGAAACAUUAGAAAACUUUAUAAAUCACAGAACAAUGCAAAACUUUGUUUUAAAAGAGAAAAUAUUUUCUCUGAAGACUUUGUAAAAGGUGACAGGGGGGAUACAUUCCGGCUGUCGGACAGUCAAAAGACGUCGGUGAUAAAGCGCUCAAGGCCUACCACCAAUGGAUCUCUCACAGAGAGCGAUGGAGGGAAGGCAGUGCCUGUCAAGAAAGCCAGACUACAGCUACCAUACAAGAGUUGGCCUCGCUAUGAUCUACAUUCCUCUGCAUGUAUGGGUGACUCCAGAGUGCUUCCCCUCAACCCGCCACUACCACCUCUCGUACCACUGCGACAUCAGGGUACAGCAGCUCAUCCCUCCCUGAUGGCCAUGCCUUGGCUGUCACCAUCAUCUGCACUACUGAACCGUGCACCAUAUGCUGCACACCCUGCAAUUAGCUCCUCCUUGAUGUCUCCAAUUUCACCGGCUUUAGCGGCGCCCAUGGGCAAGUACCCAGUAGGCCCACCGAUGAUGCCGAUGCGAACAAUGCCGUCUCCAGUUUUCCCUGCCCCACAGUCGGUGGUGAGCACACCAAGUGCAGGACAUUCACACGCAAACUUAUACCAUACUGGUGUGGUGGCCAAACCCGAAAAAGUGUUCUCUGCCACACCCCAGACAGCACAGUCUGAGAAGCCACAGGUUCCCUCUCACACUGCAGAAUCUCAUCGUGCUUUUGUGCAGGCUUAUCCUCAUCUUGUAGCAAAGAAUUCAGAUUCUCCUACCCAGCCAUCGGUUGCGCCACUGUCGUCAAUACUCACGCCUCAAAGAAAGACAUCAGACUCUUCGUGGGUCCCACGCUUAGAAAAGUUGUCAACUCCAACCUCAGUACUGUCCAAGCCUCCGCCUCUAAUUCGUCUGCCUCCGUUGAAAGACGUUGUUGGUACUCAAAACGCUAAGAAUUUGAAUACUCCUCUCUCAUCUCAUGUUCCACAUUCAUCUUCGUCGGUGCAUGAACAGUCUGUCAAGGAAAAGGCCAAAUUUAAUCAGGUAGAAAAGAGUACCCACUUUAACACUACAUUCCAUGCUCAGCCAGCUUCUGGUCCAUAUCAUGUAUCACCUGCUGUGAUGGAUGUAGUUGGGUCAUCGAAUUUCUCUACGGCUAAUUCUUCUUCAUCCAAAGACGUGUCUUUAGCUGUUCCAAAUGCUUUAGCAAAGGCAGCUGCUUCCUCUGUUGGGUUGACUGGCUCACCAAUGGUUUUCAUUCCAGCAUCAGUUGCUUUUGACAGUUUUAGUAAUAAAGUGUCUCCACCUGCUUCUCAGACAACUACAAAGUCAUCUCAGGUCAAACCAAAUCUAAAUGCAUCUCUCUCAGCGUCAUCUCUGACGCCUAAUGUUUCAACACAGUACUACUGGAUAUUGUCGCCACAGAUAUCAACUCAGUCUACAACAGUGACUGAGUUGUCUGCCGUGGAACCUAGUCAUGAAUCCUCUCGAAAGCUCUCCUCAUCCAGGACGGCUGCUCAGUUAACACCACCAACUUUAGCAGUGUCCUUUUCAAAACCUCCAGACACUGGUAUUAUGGCCCCGACGCCAGUCUCAUCUUCCUCUUGUUUAGCAUCACUCUUAAAGGCUGGUGUCCCAUUAGUUCCUGUUUCAUCAGCAACACAGUCUUCUUUACCUAGUGUGAUACCUAAUCCAUACUUGUCAAGUACUCCGGUGACUACUUCCAUAUGCAUCCCAGCGCCCAUAAUGUCAACACCCUAUAUCACAGAUAAUACAAAAAAGGUCUCCAAACACAGCAGUAGUACAAAAUACAAGUACUCACGUCCAGGACCCAAGUGCUCAAAGAAACGACCACUUCCUCCUAACCCAGAGAGAGAGUCUACAGACCUACACACCUUCAAGAGUGCUCCAGAUUCCCCACCAGUAAAAUCUGGGACUCCAGGUAGCGACUCCAAGCAGCACAAGAGUGUCUUCAGCAUCACAACAACCAGUGCAUCUCCAUCUUCAUGUAGUCCGGGCACAAGUACAACUUCGAGAAAGAUUGACAACAUCAUCAAAGCAGUUCUUGACGAGAGUACUGCAGUCCGCCUCAUUAUGGAAUCUGUCUCAGGUGACAGCGGCAGCAGCAGCAAGACAGUAGAGUCCACUCCUUCUAAGACUUCAAAAAAUAAAUGCAUUAAAAAACGUCAGUAUUUAGAUGGAACUUCAAAAUCACCAGUAAAAAAACGAAGUUUGAGCAAACUGAAACCAGAUGGCCAAUCAAAAUUGAAAAAAAAAAUUUCUUCUUGUGGACUAGAAAUACCAAAAGAUAACUGGGGUGAAGAAAAGACAAGAACGUAUAAGAAAAGUGCAAAACAUGUGAAAUUUUUAGACAAAGAUUGGAGUGCUAGGGCAUUAACAGUAACGCAGAGGAGUGUCAUUACAAACACUAACAUUUGGAAGGAUGAGCAUGCUGAAGUACCUUCCACCACUGAAUUAGUAAAGUCUCCCAGUGAGGAGGCUGCCACAGAGUUAUCUAUAACUUCUGCAAAAGCAGAGUAUGUUCCUGUGAUCUCUCGUGUGCGACAGACUGGGCUCUUCACACCACCAUUUCCGAGUGACAGCGCUACUCCAGAAGGCACAAGUCUUGAUGGAGGACAAGAAAAGGCUCAUGAAGAUUUAGGUAAAAAGUUAAAGCCUAAAAAAAAACCCAUCAGUGGAUCUUUCUUGGGGUCAAAUGGAUCACUGAACAAAAAGUUCACCUUAAUCCCAAAGACAUCAAAGAACAAAAUUACCACUUUAAAACUGGUUAAGAGACAAAUAAAAAAUUGUGUAUCUGGUAAAGCUUUACAUGGUAAAAAGUACAAAUUGAAAGCUGUGGAGUCCCUGACAAAUGAAGAUAGACCUGUUUCUAUUUUUAAAAAGGUAAGAGUACACAUUGGACCAGCUGGGGUGAGAUCAACAAUUAUACAUAAAGCUGAGUCCUCUCAUGAGAAGGUGAAUGGCAGCAGCACAUCAGCACAUUUAGAAGCCCCGCACACCAAAACCUAUGCAGAUUCGUUAUAUGCACCUAAAGAAAUUUUACAGGGUAAUUGCAGUGGCAGUAUGGCACUAAGCAGACUAAGUGCAGAACUUUCACGCAUACCUGCAAAACCACGAAAGAGGAAGAUUUCUCGGCUACCCUACGCUAGGGUUUUUCUGGAUUCUUCACUGACUCCACUGCAGCACAAACAGAUUAUUAGUACAGUUUGUGUAAAAACAGCAUCUGUGACAUUGGAGAGGCUCACUCACAGACACAUCAAGAAGGAUUUUUUAAAGAAGAACCGCAUUAAUGUCUGGUCAGGAAUUUUGUUACGACGAAAACUAAGGAACUUUGAUAUCAAACGUAAGUUGUAGAAUUCCUAACCUUUGCCAUAUCUUCCCUGAAUUAUUUAUGUACUAGUUCGUUAAGUGUUAAACCUGUGUGAAUCUCUCUCUCUCUGUCUCUCUUUCUGUCUCUGUCUCUCUCUCUCUCUGUCUCUCUGUGUGUGUC